AUGGACUCCAGCACUUUGUUGUACUCAUUGGAUUUAGUGUGUGGGAACGGGCUGACCCUGAGCACCGAGCAGAGAGCAGCACUACACACUUCUCUCCUCCUCCUGAAGAGAAAUUACAAAUUCAACCGAGUCCUGUUUUGGGGGAAGAUCCUGGGAAUUAAAAACGAUUAUUUCAUUGCUCAGGGGGUUGGAGAAGAUGAACUGAGGGAUAGAAAAUAUUUAUACAGUUUUAACUGCAUGGAUUGGCACUUGCUCCCUCUUGCCACCGAGGCCCUGACAGCAGAGGUGACUAUCGCAGUUAAGGGACGUUUUAUGGGCGAUCCAUCACACCAAUAUGAGCACACCGAGAUACGGCACCAGGGAGAGGGAGAUGACACUGUGGAGGACAAAGUCACGGUGAAAGUGAGUGAAGAGAAGAGACUAGCUGUGACUGUGUUUACCAUCAGUAAAGAGGUGGCUGUGGUACCACGUGGCGCAUACAUUAAGAGCCCUCAUGGCACUGUACAGAUUAACCGCAGCUUUGAGGGCCUGAACCCCACAGAGGCAGCAGAGUUGAACAAUUAUUUACAUUUCUCUGACCCCAAGAACCUGAAGAAGAAAUCCAUUUUGGAAAUGGCUGAUCUGAACCCUUCCAUCGACUUCCUGGAUCCUCUAAGUGAUGACAUUCCCAAAGGAUCAUGGAGUUUGCAGUUCGAGUAUGGCAGCAGAGUGUGCGUGAUCCGGAGUCUGCUGUGGCUUGGUCUAACCUUUUUCCAUGUGCCCGUAACUACCCAACAUGGUUACAUCUACAUGGGAGACGGCCUCAAGAACCUGGACCUGCCUUUCAUGAUGUAG